AUACAAAUAUAUGUUGUUUUGCAUUAAUCUAAGAUGAAAAUCAAUUAAAACUGUUAAUCAUAAAAAAAGAACUGUGCUGCCCUGCAUUCAUCCAGUACUAGUGUGAGUCUUCAGUAGCCUAACCAUGAAAACUGAUGUUGCGUAACCAUAGAGAGGAGUGUAAACCACUAAUUUGUAUGUGAGCCCACUGAAAAAAAAUAUUGCUUUGAAUUUACUUUCAAUGUGACAUCAGCGUAAUUAUUGUCGUUCUUUAACUUAUUUUUGGCGAGAAUUGUGUUGCUGUAUUUUAUUAGUGUGGGACCGAUGUAAACGUUUGAGUCUGGUAAAUUCAUAGCAACACUUUUUUGGAUGGAUUUCUAUUAAUUAACUGAUGUUAUAAGUCAUCUGCGUUAUAACAGCCGGGCAGAGCGAACCUUACUCAGCGAUUUCCCCCACAGCCUGUGACAAUGAGGGCAAACAAAAAACCAGAUUUUGGAUCGUCUCCAGUGGAAAGUUUGUCUAUGAGUAACAACUAUUAACUUAAUUCACUUCAAUUCACUUCUAGACUUCUCGAGCACUCCAAAGCAAACUUCAGUCAGCCGAACAUGCUCCGACCUAUACGCUCUUGUAUACACUCACCAGCAUGACGAGGGUUUUAUCUGAGCGAGAGGGCGCAGAGACAGACACCAACAUGUCUGUGCCCUCUCGCUUGUGCGUGUGCAGACGGGCAAACAUACACGCACAUGGUGUCCUUUCUGGGUCAUGCAGUGAAACUGGGCCCCGUUUGACUGUACACCGCUGACCCAAUCAAUGAGUGACGACCGCCUCAGGGCCUUUUAGGCUAUUCCCUGAUGGUUUUCUCUUUCUUCACCCAACUUACUCACUCUGUCCCUCCUCCUAUUUCCAUUCUUCAUUCUUUACCUUCUCAUUUCCUCUUCUCUCCCUCACUGAGAGAAAGAGUGAAAACGUUUGUUUUUGGUUACUGGGGUUAAAUUUAGGGUUAGGUUUAUUGUUAUUACAUAUAGUCUUUCCUACAUGCUUAGUCUUACAUUGUUAUUACAUAUAGUCUUAUAUUACAUGCUUACAUAUGUAUGUAUAUUGGUAGGUAGAUACUUAUAUGUCUUCCCUCUUAGCAAAAAGGGCUUGUAACAAUAGUGGAACCUUUUUUGGUGCUAUAUAGAACCAUAUACAACACAUUCUCCAUCAAUCUGAGGAAGCCUUUCAUGAUGCAAAGAACCCUUUAAUCAUGCAAAGGGUUCUUUAAGUGUUCAUGGUUCUAUAUAGAACCAUUUUCUUUACUAAAGAACCCUUGAGGAACCAUCUUUUUUUAAGGAUGUGUAUAAUGCAUUUGAUCCCACGUUGUGACAUUGUAUAAAACUGUUGUGUUGAGGACAGUGAGUUAAUAGGUCACUGCAUCCCCCGUAGCUUGCAGGGCAUUCAUUGAGCAUGUGUGUGCGUGUGUGUGUGUGAUGUAAUCACCUGGUCGAUAACACUGACCUUGUGAUUGAGGCUGGUCAUUAGCGCAUUCUUCAAAAAAAGGUCCACUUCAGUAAAGAGUGCACGACACAGUUCAGUACAAUAUACUACGAAUAAAAUCCGACCUCAGAGGAAGUUGCGGUUGUUUGAAUGUUAUAAGAAUUUAUUGAAUGACAUAAAAAACACUAGAGAAAAAGGGAAAGAGAGUCAUUUUAAUAUUAUUAAAGGCAACUCUGGGCCUCUGUGUACAAUCUAGUAUAUUUAGCUAGCUACAUUAGUAGAUAUGGAAUGUACAUUAGCAGACUGUGGCACAUUUUAUAUCCAGUAUGUUUAACUCAGCUAUUAAAAUUUGCACAUGAACAAAACAGGUCAUUUCACAAGAGGUGUUUAAACUUUUGCAUGUAAUUAGAUACUCGCCACAUCUCCAAGGAACAAACACUGCAAGUCAGAUAAGGCCUAUAAAGUGUAUAGACUUUAAAAGGCACCUAAAAAACAUAAGUUAACUUAAUCCAUAAGAGAAAUUAUUAUUAAAUAAACUUUCUAGAGAAUUUCAACACUUCGUCAUCUUACAUUACUGAGCUGUUCACCAGUUUAAAUUCGAAUUUUCACUCUCAGCCAUUUACUGCUCAACUUAGACUCCCUGUUCAAUCACAGUGCACCACUAUAGGCUGUUCUGAUAAUGUAAAUUUUUGUUUUGUGAGAGAUUAUUAGAUAUUGAUAUUAUAUUGCUAUUGACUUCUAUUAAUUAUGAAUAACUCAGCCAGAUUGCAUUGCUUUCCAUGCAGUUACUGAACAGUAAGUCUUAGGAUUUAAUGGGCCUGGGAAUUUAAAGGGUUAAAAAGCUCUUUCUCUCUCUUCCGUGUGAAUGGGCAGUAGAUUAUAGUUACAGCUCACUGCAGCUGCAGGCUGUAUUGAUUAUUGAUAUCUGGACUGUGUCAGCGAAACCUGGCUUCUUUCAAACAUCACGCUGGAUCAAUACGCUGUCCUCUUCCGGCUGGACUAAUGACCCCACGCCCGCCUACCUCUCAGGAACCGGAGCCGUUAUCGCUUACUCAACUCAUUCUCUUUGUUAGUGUGCUAUAUCAGUUCAUAGCAACUUCCCCCUUCGAUUUAUGGGGCUGGGUGAAGAGGACAAAAUCGGACUGAAACUUCACGCAACGUCACUAUUCAGGGCCAACUGGAAGUGACUCUUUCUCAGCCUACGCAAUCAGCCAAUGGCACGCCCAGUCUGUCAGGUGUCAGUGAGGAGAACAGCAGGCUGAUAGUGAAGAAGGCCAUGGAGGAUGACCCGGAGGUUCUGGUCAAGGGCUGGUUGUUGCGUGAGGUGUCAGGCGGUUGGCUCAGACAGAGGAGGUUCUGGUUCACGCUGACCGCAGACUCUUUGGACUGCUACAGUGGCCCGGAGAGAGACGCCCGCAGGCUGAGCAUGCUCGUACUGACGUCACUGUGCUCCGUACUGUGGCCUGACAAACACACCUAUAAACAGACAGGUUACUGGAGUCUGACGGUCUAUGGGCGGAAACACUGCUAUAAGCUCUUCACUAAACACUUUAAUGAGGCCGUGCACUGGGCAUGUGCAGUACAGAAGGUCAUCGACAGCAAAGCACCAGUGGAGACACCAACACAGCUACUAAUACGGGACAUAGAGGAGAACAAGUUUAAUCCUGAGGUUGUGGAGCACAUCUACCAGCACAACCCCAUCCUCACUUACACACAGAGUCCGCUCUACGCCCCCCUGCUGCCUUUCCCCUAUGGCAGCCUGGACCACACACACAUGGCAGGUAAAGGCUACACGUCGGUGCGUGAAGAGGCGGUGAGGCUGUUUAACUGUCUGCAGCAGCUGGAGUCGGCACCGGAGCCUGUUCCACUCAUACAGGGCAUCCUGCAGACCAGCCUGGACCUGCGACCACUGCGCGAUGAGCUCUACUGCCAGACCAUCAAACAGACCAGCGUGACUCACACAAACACAACCACGCAAACGGAGCCCAACCCACAGCUCCGUUACUGGCAGCUCCUGACCUGCAUGAGCUGCACCUUCCUGCCCAGCAGCAGCGUGCUCAGAUACCUGCGCUUUCACCUGAAGAGGGUUCAGAGUGUAUGUGUGGACUCGGAGGUGGAGAGUUAUGCGUGGUUCAUCGCUCAGGCUCUGGAGAAGACGCGCUGCCGUGAGUGCGUUCCGUCCUGGGAGGAGAUCCAAGGCCUGAUGAGCCGUCAAGAGAUGCUGUGUACCGUCCACUACCCUGGACCAGGCUGCUGCAGGAUAGCCAUCAGCUCCCAUACCACUGCUAAUGAGCUGGUGAGGAAGAUGGCCGAGCGGCUCGGCCUGCAGGACAGCCGCAACACUUUCGCUCUCUUCGAGCAGCGAAGGAGUUACGGCUGUCCUGCAGACCGCUGGGAAAGGGUCAUCGGGGGCGGCACCAUCAUCGCUGAUGUCAUCACCAGGUUUGAAAAUCUCUCAGUGAAAGAGCCGGACUCAGAGUGGAGGUUGUGUUUUAAAUUAUACUGCCUUCUGGACACAGACAACAUCAGCACGGACAGCAUCGAAUAUCUCUUCCUCUAUGAGCAGUGUCAUGAGAUGGUGGUCCGUGGUCAGUUACCUGCGUGUGAGGAUGACCUGUUGUCUCUGGCCGCUCUGAGGCUGCAGGCUGUGCAGGGCGAUUACAGCGCUCUGGCUCCCUUCCCUGCACUGGAGCAGGUUUUUCCAGCACGUGUUCUGGAGGCUCGGGCCCUGCUGACCCCGGCGGACCCCCCAGGCUGCCCCCCGCCCUUCCCUGCGGGGCUGCUGGCGGGAGCGUUGUGGGGCCAUAAGAGGCGCGAGGAGCAAGACCAGCGUCUGCGGGCGCGGCUCAGAGAGGAGUCCGCCCUGACCACCGCUGCCAUCCUAGAGCGCUGGAAGGCGCUGAGUGGGUACAGCCGCAGAGACAGCAUGGCCGCUUACCUCACCAUCGCACGGCAGUGGUCAGGGUUCGGCUGCACGCUCUACGAGGUGGACUUCUACAUAAGCUCCACAGGUAGUUUCUCUCAGCGUUUGUGGCUGGGUGUAGCAGCGUCAUGUGUGUCCCUGUACAGGCAAGGCGAGGCUGAGGCUCUGGAGUGUCUCCCCAUCGCUCAGAUCUGCUCUUACGGCGUCUCCGACAGCAACACAUUCAGAAUCACCGCCGGCGACCGCGACCUGCUGUUUGAGACGUCCAAGCUGACUGAGAUCAUGCAGUUGAUGAAUGCUUACUUCAGUGCCACCCGACGCCAGCUGGGCAAGGAUGACUGCAUCACCAUGGAAACCACCCCCAAGCUCCGCCCCUCCCUGCUAGAACUGCCCUCUCACCCGGUGUGAAGAGAGAGAGACACACACACACACAAAGAGAAAGUAAUCCUGACUGAUUGGCUGUGUGACUGUAAGAGACUCUGCGAACCAGGCAAGACAAAGAGAAUCCUGUUUACUCCCUCCGUCCCGAAAAGAACGGAAAAAAGAGAAAACGAAAGAGAAAAUCGAGAGGGUGAAAAGGGGAAGGAAAUAGCUGAAUGGACAGAGUCCAAAAGGGGACGGGGUCAGGACUUUCAACCCCCAGAAUCCAGCUGGAACUCCAAAUCCCAGAAAAUUCCUUGCUGUCAGACACUGCAUAUCUGAGAGAGAGAGAAAGAGAGAGAGAGAGAGAGAGACACUGACUGAGAGAAACUCAGUCAAGAAAAAGCUUUCAUAUCCUCUCAGUGUGCUGGAGGAAUGACAGUGUCACAAACACACACAUUCUCUCUCUCUCUCUCUCUCUGCCUCCCCUGGGCUUUAGAAGGCCUUAUGUGAACUUGAACUGCUAAUAGACUCAAGUCAGUCCUUUUUCGCCUCGUGGAUGCAGAGAAGCCUCUUUCAGAGAACUCGGAGAGACUGUGUGUGCGUGUCGGAGAUACAGAUCGAAUGGAAUAUUCAAAGCUGUUCAACCGAAACCAAAGGAGCUCUUUAGCUAGAUGUUCUUGCUUUUUUUUUAUUUUGGUCAGAUGCUUCCAGCCACACCAGGUGCUGCUGCUUCACCUGAGCUGUUUCUCAGCCAGACCUUCAUUCGUUAUACGGUAAAGAGGUAUUUCAAGGUGGGACGUGACGUCUACUGUAUAACGGUGAUCGAUGUUCUAUGAACGUUUUUUUGUAAAACGCUGUUCAAGAGUUGUCUCAAGAAACCCAGUGAGAGCCAUGCUUCAACACUGCUUCUACCUGCAUUAAAGGAACAGUUCUGGCCAAAAAUCUCAUUUACACAUUAUUUGCCCUUGUAACAUCCCACAUGUAGUCAAUCAGUCAAGACACGUUUAGUGUCUGAAGUUUGCUUCUUUAGUUUUGCAUUGGAGCUACGAGGCUAAUGUAGCUAAGUAACAGUAGUUUAACCCUGGCAAAGUGGUAGGUCACUUCUAGCCUUCAUAACUUCAGAACGGUUUAAGCUACAGCCAUGACACAUACAUCAGACCAUUCAGCAGACCCGGCCCUAACGUUACCAAGCUGUGACGUCAGCAUCAGUGAGUAAUUUGACUCAGAAAAUCACCUAAAAUCCUGAUAUUUUGCUCUGCUGUUUGGCCUUCAUAUUCCAACAAAGGGUUAAAACAGCG